AUGACGGGAGGGGGAGGGGUGAGACGGCGUCACGGCCGGAGGAAGAGGUCCGACGGUGCGCGGAGCGGAGAAGGCGGGGAGCGCGAUAUCGGGUGCUUGGGCGUUUCGCGGAGGGCUGCAGCACAGUAUCUCCUCCGUUUUUCGCCGUCUCACAAAACAGCAAUCAGUUGUUUCAACACGGUCGGCAUGUGGCUCGGUGCAUGUGGGCCCAAAUUCAGCUCCAUGCUAGAAGCCCGCGCUGACUGCUCAUCACCUGCAGUCUGGAGUGCUCAUCACCCGGAGAGGAUGUCCUACGAACAGAGCCAGCUAACAAAGCUCCGGCGCAGUGUAAAGCGGGGCAGCUAUGACAAGGUUGUGGUCAACGAGAUUUUGGACGCAGCGUUGGUGGCACAUGUGGCCUAUGUAGAUGGAGAUGGCCAGGCAAAGGUGAGCCCCAUGAUCUUCGGAAGAGAAGGCGAAUCUCUUUACCUCCACGGCCAUGUGAGUGCCGGUGCACUGCGGAAUGGCUCCAUUGAUGUAUGCUUUUGCGUGACCUUAGAGGACGGUCUGGUGUUGGCGAGAGCCAACAUGCAUUCCAGCAUGAACUACCGUUGUGUCGUGGUUCACGGGCAAGCCACGGACAUGCCGGAGGAGGACUUAAAGAGGCAUGGCCUGGAUGUCAUCACGGACCACAUGUGCCAAGGCCAGGCAGCCCGCGCCAGGCCCAUGACCAGCGCAGAGGUCGCUUCGACGAGGGUUCUCCGACUCAAGCUGGAGGAUGGCAAGGUGAGUGCGAAGAUCCGUGCUGAAGGAGUUAACGAUGACAAGGAGGACAUCGAGCAGCUGAAGCACAUCUGGGCAGGCGUCAUUCCCAUCACGCGGGUCUAUGGACCACCAGAGAACAAUCACGACUCCAGCGCAGCCCCGCCUCCGAUCGUCAUGAACUACCCGAAGUUCCGGUCUGGCAAGCUUGGAAAUUGUGGCUGCGACUGGAAUUCUACUUCGGUUGCCCUGGUAGGGGCUGUGGCCGCAUUGGCGGCAGGAUUCGGCUUCGUGCUCGGUGAAGAAGCAGAGCCCUUCCCACUUGAUGAUCGAGUCGUGUACAUCUUGGAUGACGUUUGUAUAAGCCACAGACAGUUGCCACGACCGGAGAAUCCGCAUGGUGAGGAGACCGAGGACACUUACUUGGUUGGGGAGCUCGAAGAUCUGGAGGAUGUGGAGAUCGUCAUCCGCCCAGAGCGAGUCCUGUCCUUGCUGCUCCAGAACGGCUGGCAAGUCGUGGACCAGAAGAACACGGUGGGCGAGCGGGCAGACGUCGUGGCCAAGCGCCUGGAUCCGAAAGGCCCGGUGGGACGGGUCCUGGGAUCACGGUCUCUGUGUUUCGAGGAGCCUCUUCGAGUCGAGGCCCCACUGCAACUGCUAGGUGAGGCGUCGCCAAGACCGUGGACCUGGCAGUAUCCGGUUCAGGACGAGCAGCGGCGGAGCUUUGCAGGGGUCAACUUUCGAGCUUUCUCAGAGGAGCAGUGUUCGCGUUGGAUGAACCUCCUGUUGGAAGAGGGCUGUUGGAUUCAGCUCCCCGGCGUUCCUCGCAAGGUGAUCUGGUAUGUUUCAGAGGACUGUGCUGAUGUCCCGUACCGUUACUCCGGCUUGGAGUUUCCCGCCACGGUCUAUCCGCCGUUCAUGAAAGAGAUUUACAAGGAGCUGUGCACGCUCUGCGGCAUACCGGAGGGCCAAUACCCCAAUUCUUGCAACGUCAACGUCUACGACGAUGGCAGUCAUGAGGUGGGUUGGCACAGCGACGAUGAAGUCUUGUUUCAGGGCUUGGCCAUGGACACUCGGAUCUUAUCGCUGUCGCUAGGUUCGGCGCGAGACUUCAGCUGGAGACUUCAAGGCACCUCAGAAGCUCUGGGAUCAGUUCCUUUGGGCGAUGGCGAUGUAGCUACCAUGGAAGGUCUGUUCCAGAAGCACUACAAGCACGCAGUGCCUGCCACGAGCCAGCCUCGUGGAAAGAGGAUCAACUUGACAUUUCGGUGGAUCAGAGUCAAGGCCGAUGGGGUUGAUGCGGGUGUUGCAGCCGCGAAGUGA